ACUUUACCUUCCCAUCUAAUAAGAUGGAAGAUUGGUCGAGUUGGGCUAAGGAGAUGCUUGUAGAGAAUGGCUUUGUGGAAAUAUUACUUGCUAUUGGGAUCUUUAAGUCGGUGGCUCUGAGUCAAACUCUACGGAUUAGUCGUAACGUGGAGUGCCUCCGUCGUUUGGUGAGGAGAUGGUGCAUGAAAGAUCCACGGCACAUAGCAUUGACGUUGGAGGAGCAUGCCACACUAGUAGCUUUGAAAAAGGUGAUGAAGAAGAAUGCCAAUGCUUCUUCUCAUUCAUGGAGGGGAAAGUACAGCAUCGAUUUUUCGACAUGGAUACGUUACUUUCAAAUUGGCAAAGGUAAAGAUAGCCCGUAUGUGCGUGUAGCUUUCCUUACAGGUUGGUUGAGUACGUUUGUCUUUGGGGGUUUUUCGAACCAUGAGAUUAUGGCUGAACGCAUUCCUCUGGCAAUUCGAUCAACUAAAGGUGUAAGGCUUCCUUUGGCUCCGCUAAUGUUAGGUACGCUUUAUCAUAUGCUUGAUUUGCUCUACUUUGAUGAGAUUCUUGGUGCCAAUUAUUACAUCAUUGAGUCGCAUGUGUGUCUGUCUUUGCUACAAAUGUUUGCAUGGGAGAGAUUUCUCCCAUAUCACUCUAGCUGCGUUACCAGUGGGAAAGCAUUGAAGGAGUACCUUAUGGCGAAGUGCGGUUACAUUAGUAGAAUAGCUCCAUUAGCUUGUUCUUGGGUAGGAAAAAGGAAAAUAAAGGGCAAUGCUAGGGAGUCAAAUUGUGAACUUUGCCGUAUGAGACUGAGGUCAUCUGGAAACGCUAGCAGUAGUUACGCCAUCCAUGUUGUCGUGUAUUACAUCGCGGGGGGCAUGCAGCUUGGAGUGUUACUACCCCCCAAAAAAGGGUUGCAAGGCAAUUUGGCUAUGAUCAAGACAUUCCUCUUACUCCUUCUUCUGACAAGACAAAUUAGAGACAGUGCCAUCCGCACACACUUGUCAAAUUUGGCAAAGGCAUACCUCAAGAAAAUUGAGUUUGGCAUGGCCGGAGGUGACAUGGUUGAGAGCUUGAAUGAGCGAAUUAAGGAGCAAAUGAACCAUAUCAAAGAGAUGGAAAAGUCCUUAGCCGAGAUGAAAGAGCUUAUCAUCAAACUAGAAGAAGGACUGGUGUCAACCAAGGCAUACCUAGGAUCACUCAACCAAGAAAAAGAACAUCUGAACUCCAGUAGUGUGACUGAGCUUCGCCAAGCCUGUAUGGAAGCUGCCAAGGCCUUUGGAGACGAGACUAGCCCUUUCCUGCCAUAAAUCAACCUCAUGUCCCAGUUUUCUCUUCAUCUUUUAUUUUUUUUUUCCUUUUUAGUAUGUUGACUGUUAGCGAUGUUGCCAUGAUGUAACCCUUUAGUCAUGUUUCUUCCAAGUUUGUUGCUUGUUGAUUUUCUUGCUCAUUUCUUCCUACUAUUCUGAAUAUGUCAACUGCAUAAAUAAAUUUGCGCUAA